AUGGAAAUGGGAAAAUGGGAAAAUGAGAAAAUGAGAAAACGAGAGAAAUGGGCGAAAUGGGCGAAAUGGGCGAAAUGGGCGAAAUGGGCGAAAUGGGCGAAAUGGGCGAAAUGGGCGAAAUGGGCGAAAUGGGCGAAAUGGGAGAGAUCGGCAGAGAUCGGUAGAGAUGGUGGAAACGGUGGAAACGGUGGAAACGGUGGAAACGGUGGAAACGUUGGACACGGUGGAAAUGGUGGAAAUGGAGUGGAUGAAGUGGAUACGUCAAGGUCUUGA